UGAACUGACUGUUGCGCUGUACGACCGACUCGUUUUCUUUGGUGUUUAACGUGAAGUCACGGUGUUCUCGCUUCACUGUGACGCGGCAUUUAGCUAACGGCUGCUACGUUAGCCAGCUAAAGCAGUUCCUGUCACGGACCGAUCAAAGAGCUGUCACUCUUCGUCACCAUGGGGAAUGUAUUUGCAAGCUUAUUCAAGGGCCUGUUUGGCAAAAAAGAAAUGAGGAUUCUUAUGGUCGGGCUCGAUGCUGCUGGAAAAACAACCAUCUUAUAUAAACUGAAACUUGGAGAGAUAGUCACCACCAUUCCCACCAUUGGUUUUAAUGUUGAAACUGUAGAAUACAAGAACAUCAGCUUCACAGUGUGGGACGUGGGCGGUCAGGACAAAAUCAGGCCGCUGUGGCGCCACUACUUCCAGAACACUCAAGGGCUUAUCUUUGUGGUGGACAGCAAUGACAGGGAGAGAGUGAACGAGGCGAGGGAGGAGUUGUCCAGGAUGCUCGCUGAGGACGAACUCAGAGACGCUGUGCUGCUCGUUUUUGCAAAUAAACAGGAUCUCCCCAACGCUAUGAAUGCUGCAGAGAUCACAGACAAGCUGGGCUUGCACGCCCUCCGUCAGCGCAGCUGGUACAUCCAGGCCACCUGCGCCACCAGCGGGGAUGGCUUGUAUGAGGGCCUGGACUGGCUCUCCAACCAGCUGAAGAACCAGAAAUGAUCCAUUCCACCAGUUUUGAUUUUUGUUUGUUGUUUAUUUUUUCUGUUUCAACACAGCGGCAGCACCGGAUCCAGGCCCCUUCGCUCCCAUCUAACCCAGUUUUCAAACCCCCCCCCAGCUCUUUCUUUCGAGAACUUCCUUCUGCUUUCUCCCCUCGUCCCUCGUCAGUACUCUCGGGGCUCUAGCCUGUGCUGCUUGUGUGUGUGCGUGCGUGCGUGCGUGCGUGGGCGUGCAUGUGUGGGCGUGCAUGUGUGUGUGUUCAGUGAGUGAGUGUGUGUGUGUGUGGGCUGGGAUUGGGAUUGGGAGUAACCCUGGCGUGCCUUUUACACACCUCCUGUGGAAUCAGCAGUCUGGUUUUCAAGCCCCCUUUCUCCAUCCACCAAACUCAGCCUCUGCCCCACUCAGCCUACCCCCCCACUCCAAGUCUUGCACGGCCCCCUUCUCCCCACCCUGACUCUCCAGAGGAAGCAUGGUUUUCAUACGGCAAAGAAAGAGCAAGGGGGUGCGAGCUCCCCCCUGUAGUAUAUAUCUAUGUUAACUAGAAAUGUUCACCUGAUGUAGACUGAAUGCUAAAUGUUAAUUUUAACCUCUUCUUGAUUUUGAAACCUCAAACCCACCAGUAAGAGAUUCAGUAAAUUGCAUCUUAACCUGUAUCAGGUCGAAGCAAAUCAAAAAUGGAAAAAGGACAAAAAAAAAAAACGCCCAUCCUCGAUCAUUCUGGUGUCAUUUGAAAAUCAUGCUGUUUGUUUUAUUAUUAUUAUUAUUAUUAUGAUUAUGAUUAUAUUGGAAUAUAACAGAUUAUUCUUAGCAAUGGUUCUCCAAUGAACACUACCUUCCCCCCCCACUAAGAGAGACCGCGAAGCACAAGGCAUGCCAACAAUCUUAAAAAAUUAAAUCUACUUUAAAAUUAGAAUCUGCGAGUAUAUGCAAGUCCUGUCUUUUCAAGUUGUUUGGAUUGAAUUGGGUUUUUUUUUUUUUUUUUUUUUUUUCGAGAGAUGACCUUCAGUACAAUUAAUCAUGCUGUGGAAGUGUUCCUGCUUCACGUGGGUGGAAAAACAAAGUGUUGGGCAUUUCGCAGACUUCAGCCGGUAAACUGAGACAGAUGUCCUGAAACAUUCACGAGCUUCACAUGUUGUUCCUUUAAGAGAUGUUACAUGUGUAGUUGUUUUUUUUUUUUUUUUUUUUUUUUUUCUGUAACUAGUUUUAGCAUUUCUAUUUGUACUUUGACUGCUGAACCAAAUGCAUUUGAGCAGUAUGACAAAUCCUGUAUAUGAAAGUAGUGUCUCCUCGAGGGCCUGAACUGCAUAUGACUUUUACUGAAGAGGUUUUUUUUUUCUCACCAACGGUUGGCAGUUUUACUUUUUUGAAAUCUGAAAGCAUCCAGCUGUCUAAUUUUCCUGGUUGGGAUGAAGGAUUGGCACCAAAAAAAUGAAGGCUCUUUAACUGUGAACGGUCCAGACAUGAAGAAAGGAAACCUAGUUCGAAUGUCUGGGUGUUUACAGGCUACUACACAUUAUAGCGCUGCAUACUUCAUGACUGAAAAGACCAACACAAGCACUCUCUGUCAGUAGCUCGUCGGUGAGCUGGAAGGACUCGGUGGUAGACCUGUUGAGGGGAAUGGGUGUGCAGUUAACUGGUCGUGAGAUUCAGCAGGCGUCCUCGGUGUCGAACCAUGGGGGUUAAGCUGGCACUUCUGUCAAGAAUGAUUGUAAAUCUGUAAGUUCCCCUGUAAACUGUUUCCGUGGGGAUUUCCUGAACACAUUAAUAAACAUGAUUUGAUCCAA